CACCCAUCUGUCUACUCCAACAGCUUAUUUGUUUAUCCAGUAGAUGGGAGGAAGCUCUCUCUCCGACCCGUGAGCUUUCCUCUCUCCUGUGUCUACCUCUGGGGACAGAGAGCAGUCUGAAUGUGGCCAUCAACCCUACCUACUGAAUAGUCGUGGAGCUGUUGGAGUCGGUGCCAAGGCCAGAGCCUCCAUGUUUCUGUAUCGUAACUCCAACUACACAGAGUCUUACCCAGCUGGUGAAGUCCUCCUGCCGAUUGGUUCCACUCUGCGCGUGGGCGUGUCCGUAGAGGAGUCCGGGAUGGAGCGUUUUGUUGUUGUUCUAAGGGACUGCUAUGCCAACCAAUCCCCCAACCCUGAUAAUCUCCCACGGACCUACAUGAUUCAGGACAGGUGUMCUACAAAUCGUACCCAGGUGACCGUGGAGGAAAGCGGCUCGUCCCUCAGGGCUCGCUUCUCUGCUGCGUUGCAGGUGGACUACCGUUACUUCUUCCUGCACUGCAGCCUCAGCCUGUGUGACCAGAGGAGCUCCUCCUGCACUCCAGUGUGCUCUGGAAGGAAAUCUCGCUCUGUGUCUGAUACUGUCCUCCUCAAGCCCAKAGCCAUCGGGCCAAUCAGCUGGGCCCAGAGCCUGGAGUGAGCCUUGGGACCCCCAGCAUAUGAAGGAUGGCAGGGGGCCAGAGUCUGGAGUGAGCCUUGGGACCCCCAGCAUAUGAAGGAUGGCAGGGGCCCAGAGUCUGGAGUGAGCCUUGGGACCCCCAGCAUAUGAAGGAUGGGUUCCCUCCUGCACUACUCCCCUGAUCUCCAUCCCAACCUACAGCCCAGUGUAACUUUCAAGGGCACAGAAAUACUUUGAUUCUAGUAAUGAAUUGCUGCACUACAGUGUGAUUUCAUUGUACUGUGUAUGUUGUAUACACAUAGACUUGCAUUGUUUUAGGAAUGAUCAUUUCCUCAAAUCAUUGCAAGUUCCAACCAAACCUGAGUUGCUGUGUGUGUAUGUUCAGAUUCUAAGUAAUGAAUUGAUGCACUACAGUGUGAUUUCAUUGUACUGCGUAUGUUGUAUACACAUAGACUUGCAUUGUUUUAGGACUGAUCAUUUCCCCUAACCUGAGUUGCUGUGUGUGUAUGCUGUGAUUUGAUGAUGUCAAUAAAUAACUCUGUAUGAUGAUG